UGAUGAUCAUAUUCGUUACUCGUGAAUCUUUGUUGAUAUUAUAAGACACUGCUUGUAAUACUAACCUCGAGCUAACCGCGAGUAAUCGGUUACAUAUUACUAACAUAGUUGUAAGGCAAACAUUGUCGAAAUAUUGAACUCCCGGCCCCGUCAGGCUGACGCCAUAUGAGCCCUAAUAAAAUAUAUAUAUUUUGGAUAAAAAAAAAUAAUUCGAUGCGUUUUUCUUCGAUCUUUUGGCUUUCGUCACUUCGUCUUUUCACUAUGAUUUUAUUUCAUACUAUUUACAUCUCAAAUUACAUUCGAAUGCCCCUCACAGCAAAUCUUCAAGUUGAAUAUGACGUCAUCUUUUUACGAAUUUCUGCUUUAUAAGUGGACCACAGUCCAGUUAACGUUCGCAGUCGGUGAUAUAGCAGUCAAGUUGAACGGGUUCAGUUAUCGAACGAUUACUCUUCAAUUUUUCUGAGUGAAGUAGCGUUUUCCAUCAGUAGUAAAUCAAGUUAGUAAAACAAAGCAGCAAAAUACUUUACUCAGUGCGGAAUCAAUAUCACGAGAUAAUGCAAUUAAUGCUUAGGGUUUUGUUUCUAGUGGCAGAUUUUCUGUUAGAACUUGUUCCGUUGCAAAAGAGGACGUUGUUAAUACCGUUUACAAAAUAGAACAAUAUUAUUGCCGUGGGCUUGUUGGAAUUUCUACUGCUAGAUUGAAAAAUGUUGUGAAAUACUGAAGUCUCUAAUCGUUACAAUAUUCUACAUCCCAUUUCGACAUUGAACCCCAAAUAUGAUGACAAUGAUAGAUUUUCAGAUGGAAUAAACAUACAGUCAAAGCUCUCUAUAGCAACAAUCUUCAUAGCGAUGAAUCUCUCUAUGACGACCUGUCCAAAAAAAAGUUAAGAUUAUUACUCGAAUGGAUCGCAAUUUUGCAUUCUGUAAUCCGUUUGACUCAAUUCUAAUCGAGUUGAGCAAAUAUUCUUCAAUGUAUUUAAAUAGGCUCAAAUAAACACAAACCUGGCCCUUUUCUCUACCAAUUUCAUUGCAUUGCCGUUGAUCCACAAUAUGAAGAUACAAUUUUCGUUCAAAAUUUUUCCCUUCUUGCAGAGAAUGUGUUGCUCUGUAACACAGAACACAUAUUUUACAUAGGAGAACUACUUUUCAUUUAUAAUUUUUGUUCUUAAAGCGUGGGGAGGUUGCCACAUUAGCACAAUUCGAUUGAACUUGGGUCGAACGGAUCACAGAAUGCAAAAUUGCGAUCCGUUCGAGUAAUUUUGACUCGCGUAUUUUGCUGACUAACCAAUAUCAAAAUGGUUUUAUGAAGUAAUCCUCGCUCUUGCCAUUCAACCGAAUACAUCAAGCGGCAUGUGGUAGCGAAUAUGUGUAAUGUUGCAAUGAAGCUUAAUAAAGGCUGCAUUUUUUGUUUGAGUAAACAUGUUCUAAUAUCAUAACAAUGCAAUGCGUUUUGGUCUGGCAAUAGCAAAGACUGUGUCAGCGCUGCAUAUGCUAGCGUCUCGCAAGUGAAUGUGUUCUUGCUCACGCCGCUUCUGUUGAUUGCGUCGUAGAAUUGCGUUGUCCUGACCACGUCGAAUCAUCAUGCGAUACCCAUAAAAAUCCAUCGAGCUCAAGCAUCCAUCAAGAGAGUGCUCUUUUGUUUGUUUCGUCUUCUCUUAUCAUAUGUUCAUUGAUUACAACUUCAAAAUUGUUAUGAUUAUCAUACUGUAUGCAUAUUAUCAAAAUUGCAUUACUCGUCGAGAUUUACAGUUAUCUCAAAUUUUGUUUUGUCCAAAAAAAUGUUUUUUUGGCACUGGGUCGUGUUUUCGCCUGAAAAAUCGAUUUUAAAAAAAAAAUCGAGAUAACUGUAAAUCUCAACGUGUCAUGCAAUUUUAAGACAUUUGGCAUCAUUUUUUUUAAACCCCGAUUUCCGGUGAUUUUUCGCCUAGGCCAUCCCGUAAUUGUGUGAUUGGAGUGAUUGGCUCAUGCACUUUUAUUUUGAUCAUGACGUUCACAUUUUCUGACUACUGGUGUACACAACAUUCAAUAUGGAUAGUUGAAUGGUUUCUGCAUUUUUAAAACGUAGUUUCUAUGCUGAAAUAUCCUUUUUUCGCCCUUUAUUGCGUUAUCCGCGAUUUUCGUUAUUCGCGAUGAGCUAGCCAGACUAUUCCGCGGAUAAUUGGGAUCUACUGUAUAUGGAUAAAGUAGAGUAAAGAGAAAAAGGUCUGGCGCUUCCAAGGUUGGUGGUUACUGCCGUAGCAGAACAGACCAAAAGUGAUAUUUCCGCGAAUAAUGGUGCAGCUGGGUAUGGUUAUAUAGUAGAACCCUGAUUACUCGCGGAACUUGAUUGACGGAAUCACCGCGAAUAAUUAAAACAGUUAAAUUAAGUGAUAAAGGCUAAAGAUGAGAAAUAAUUAAAUUAUUAAUUUUGUUUCAUUUUACUUAUUUUUUUUCAAUCUCCACCAUUAUAUCUGUUAAUGCUAAUGGGUCAUCUAUUAUAAUUGUUUUAUUAUUUAUAUAAAAAUAUUCAAUAACAUGCUUGAUUUGAUAUAAAAACCACAAAAUUUUAUGCGUUGAGCCCAGCGUCGGCCCCUAGGGGCUGGCGUUAAGUUUUUUGGUGGGAGGGUGCUGACUGACUUGGACUGACAGUUGUAGAAUGAUAAAAUAAGAAUAUAAACGGUUUGUUUUCGGAUGUUUCGCAAAGUGUGACUAUUUUCUAGUCGAAUUGCUUCCCGACCGACACUGAUGUUGUGCAGAUGCUCUUGAUGCGUGCUGAAUGAGAGCGCAGCAGAAAAGAGUUGGGACUUAACGUAUUAAAAUCUAAAUACUAAAAAUUUUAAAAAACCAAAAAUAAAAAUAAUUCUAAUUCUAAAAAUCUAAGAAUCAAAAAUUUAAAAUGUUACAAUCUGAAAACUUCAAAAUUUAAAUAUUUUAAAUCAAAAAUUUAAAAACGUUGAAAAAUUUAAAAAAUUAAAAAUUCAAAAUUGAAAAAUCUAAAAAAAAUUAAAUUUAUGAUCACAUCACUUACCACAGUGAAUCCAGAUUUUUUCUUUACCAUUCCCACUAACAACUAUCCCUUCCAUGAUAAACGCUAGGGAACCACGCUAUAGAGGCGACCCUUCUGGCCUUCGGGCGGCGAAUAUCGUAUUAACAUUCCUUCCCUUCCCCUGGUGACUAUAAGGACGUGGCCGGCGUCGUUAUUGACCAUUUAAAGCUCGAAUCACCGAAAAUUGCACAAUGAGAAUGAUUUGCUAGUCCCAAGCGUCAUUCUGUGUGUUCUUUGUGCAAUUUGGUUGGUUCAAGUCAAUCACGGAGAGCAACUACGAAUUGUACAGUCUACCCAAGCUCAAGCUCAGCCCAGCUCAGUUUCCGGUGAUUUUUCAGUUUUCAAGAAACUCAAAUUUUUCGUCUGCGACACCAGUAAAUAAAGUCCCAAUGAGCUAAUAUUUUGCAUAGGUUCAUAAGUUCCGAAUGAAAAAUCGAGAUAACUAUUCUUAUUGGCACCAUAAACCAUACUUAUCGUUUCGUAUUCCAAAAAAAAAACCCGUCCCAGAGUGCCGAAUUUGGACGAGAUCUCGACGUUUCAUGCCAUUUUAAGAUAUUUGGCAUAAUUUUUUUUCUAAAACCCCGAUUUCCUUUACUCCCCCCUUGGGUGAUUGUUCGAUUUUCAAAAAAAAAACUCAAACAUUGACCGCUUUGCGCCACUCUCCCUUAAGUCCGAUUGAGCUGAAAUUUGUAAAAUUUUCCAUUUUUUUUCGAGGUGGUGAACAUUUUGUAAAUUUUAGGGUCGAUUUUUCCCAUACAUUCAUUGGAACCCUAGUGUAUAUAGAUUACACCAAUGGAUUUCGUUGAAAAAUAAUUUCUACUGUUUAGUCAUUUACGGGUUAAGCUUGGUAGUUUCCAACGAUUUAAGAGAUAUGAUAUGAAUUAGGCGAAGUUCACUUUAUUCACUUGGUUCUGUAUAAAUUUCUUGGCGGAGUAUUUUUAUUUACACCUCUAUUUAGUGACACAUCAUGCUGGGAGUUUCAUUUUCUGUUCUCAUCGUCGUUUUGUCACGGAUGCUGCGUCUCCAGCAGCAAAAUAAAAAAUAUGCGGGCCGCGUGGUGAUUCACUCUACCAUACGUUGAUAAUCAAUCUGCAUUUUUCGAAACUAAUUUGUCAUUUGUACAGGCAACCCAAAUGUAUCUUUUUAGAAAUUUCCUCCGUUUUCGAAGAUUUGCUUGCUUCAUAGUGUCGUCACAUUGGUAUUUUUUGGUAUUGAAAUUGUUUUGCAAAUUGGACAGACUUGGGCAGACUUUUCGUACCUGAACCAGCGAAAUUGUACAAAGAACAUACUGAAUGACGCUUGGGAGAAGUAAAACAUUCUCAUAGUGCAAGUAUCGUUGAUUCGAGCUUUAAAUAGUCAAUAACGACGCCGGCCACGCCUUUUCCUUGCGUAUGAGACUUGAGAAAAUAAACUACUGUUUGUAUAUUCUAACUACGAAUGUUGUCUGUUUAUUUAAAAAUGGAUCGCGCAUAUUCGCCAUUGUAAUGUUUGAUCGUUUACUAUUUUCACUCUACUCGCAGUACUUUUGAUCCCUUGGAAGAAAAGAAGUUUAUAUGUUUGAAUCAUCAUCCAGAUUCACGGUGAGAGUUUGAGCUUAACACAGCACACCAGCAAACAAUACUUAUUGUUUACGAGUUUGGAGGAGUAUAAAAAUCAAGCGUAGUAACAUUGAUAAAAAAAAAUCCUCGCCAUGAAAUAGUGCGUGCUGCCAUGAACAACACACAAGGAGGAGCCGGCGUAAAUUAGUACAAUUAGUGCCUCAACAUAGAACUCGGCCAAUUGCACGGAUGCCCAAGACGACAGAGGAGGGAAAAUUCGACAAAACUUUGCACCGAGCUGGCCGACAAGCGUAGAAAGGGAAUGUUAUGAAUUAUUUUCCCUUUCUGAAGCUAUCCUUGGCUCGUUAACUCUCAUGGGCAAGCAUUCAGCCUGGCGACAGCGGUGAAUCUUGGCGAACUCUAGCUAAACGGUGCAAAAGACGAUUUUUGUUUUAAUUUUCUAUAAAGCACAGAUGACUGCAAUUUAGGUCGACAUGAAAUGCUAAUUGAAAGUCGGAGAAUUCGCUGUUGGUAGAAGAAAUAUCAUGUUGAUAAGUUGGAAAUUGUCGCAUGAAUUAUUUCGACUCUCGUAUUAAGCACUUCUUUAGAUUAACAAUAAGUAUCGAGCCCAUGAAAUGAAAGCAGUAUUUUAACUAAUUCACAGACACUCGAAUAAAGCCUUGUUAAAAUUCGGAUACUUGAAGCAAUCGAAAUGAAGCCAUCAAUAGAUUUGCCGUACAUAAUUGGCAACGUCAUCCCAGCAAUAUGCCACAGAGUAAGUUAAACGAGACAAACCAGCAUAAAACCACAAAAUUGGGAUUGUGAAGAAUGCAGCCACCAACAAUAGCAUCGCUCCCCCCUUCUUCGGUAGUGGCUGUGGCCGCUUGGCUCGUGUGCUGCAUAAUUGUGUCAAUCCGAGCAAACAAAACUGGGGUCACAACAGCACCCGCCCAGCAGCAGGAUACCUCCAAGCGGACGUCGGCACACAUAUCCGGAGAUUUCAUCAUUGGUGUUUUGUUCUCGGUGCACCACCAGCCUCGACAGAAACGCUCCGGUCCGAAUCACUUCCUUGCCUGUGGAGAGGUUCGUGAACACUACGGCAUCCAGCGAUCGGAGAUUACGUUUAAAACAAUCGACGAAAUCAAUCAGAAUCCUGCGCUGCUGCCAAAUAUCACUUUAGGGGUGGAAAUUCGAGAUUCUUGCUGGUAUGCUCCGGUGGCUCUCCAGCAAAGCAUCGAAUUGAUACGGGACUCAAUUUCACCACCAGCUGCAGUCAAUCCACGACAGACGAUAUGUUUGGGCGCGAAUCAAAGCAUAUCCCACAAACAUGGAAGAGUGAAACCGCCCAGUAGCAAACACCGUCAAACAUUGAUUGGUGUAAUCGGACCAGGUUCCAGUUCUGUUGCCCUCCAGGUACAGAAUUUAUUGCAAUUGUUUUCAAUUCCCCAAAUCGGUUACUCUACAACAUCGAAAGAUUUGUCCGAUAAGGCACGCUACAGCACAUUUAUGCGGGUGGUGCCCUCCGAUUACUACCAAGCCCAGGUGAUGAUCGAUGUAGUGAGGCAAUUUAAUUGGACCUAUGUUUCCGCAAUCAACACUGAUGAAAACUACGGUCAAUCGGGCAUUCAAGCUUUCCGGGAAUUGGCCGAGAAAUAUGGAGUCUGUAUAGCCAGAGAAGACUCGAUUCUGAGCUACGCCGAUGACGAAUCCUUCUCCGACGUGCUGCGAAACAUCGAGCAGGAUCCCAACGCCAACGUGGUGGUGUGCUUCUGCGAGGGGAUGACCGUUCGCGGCCUGCUCAAGGCCAUGGAGCGUCUAAAUAUGACGGACCGGUUCCUGCUGAUUGGCAGCGACGGCUGGGCGGACCGAGCCGACGUGGUGCAGAACUAUGAGCGCCAAGCGCUCGGGUCGAUUUCAAUCCGAAUACACAGCCCCUACGUGAAGUCGUUCGAUAAUUACUACUUCUCGCUGAACCCCUUCUCCAACAAGCGCAAUCCGUGGUUCCAAGAAUUUUGGGAAUCGAAAUUCAACUGCCAAAUGCCAACCAAUGAAGCUCAGCUGGACAGCAAGCCGAAUUCAUCGAGCCACGACGACAAGCCGUUUUGCUCAGGGAACGAGAAACUAUCGGAGCGCUACAAGCAGGAACCCAAAAUGAGCUUUGUCAUCAAGGCAAUCUACACGAUGGCUUACGCUCUUCACGCUCUCCAGCAGGACGCGUGCGGUCGGAACUCGGUCGGUAUCUGUCCCUCGAUGUUUCCCUUCAGUGGGACACAAUUUUUGAACUAUCUGAUGAAUGUGUCCUUCACCUACGAACCGGGCGAUGUCGUGGAGUUCGACACCAGAGGCGAUCCACCCGGCAGAUACGACAUCAUGAACUAUCAGCUAUUGGCGGACGGCGCCUACGAUUACGUCCAGGUCGGGGAGUGGAACAACGGAUCGCUGAACUUUUUCCGCCAUUUGCAGGAAUCACCCGCAGGCCCAGUGGAGUCGGUCUGCUCGAAGCCUUGUCUUCCUGGAUUUUACAAGAACCUCCAAACCGGCGGACAGGAGAAGCAAUGCUGCUGGGUUUGUGUUCCCUGUGAGCGCCACCAGAUUCUGUACAACGAAACACACUGCCGACCUUGCGAUUUGGGCUAUUGGCCUGACGAAUCCCAAACGGAAUGUCUUCAAAUACCAAUCGAGCAUGUUCAAUGGGGCGAUACGGAAGCGAUCGUGGCUAUAUCCUUCUCGGUGCUAGGAUUCAUCAUGACAGGACUGGUGUUUGGUGUGUUUAUGCGGCACAAUGAUACUCCCGUUGUGAAAUCCUCAACCCGAGAGCUGUGCUAUCUCAUACUGGUCGGAAUGAUAAUAUCUCAUAGCACAAUCUUCGCCAUCCUGGCGAAACCUUCAACCUUCUCCUGCCUGAUCAGUCGAUCUCUACCGGGUAUAUCGUUCGCGAUGAUCUACGCCUCACUGUUGGUAAAAACCAAUCGAAUUGCACGAAUAUUGGCGGGUUCCAAAAAACGCUUCCCUACCAAAAAACCCAAAUUCAUGUCUGCGGCGGCCCAACUGAUCAUCACGGGUUUGUUGAUAUCAAUCGAAGUUGCGAUUGCGGUUUUUAUGCUCAUCAUAGAACCUCCCAGUACGGAGCACCAAUACCCCACCAGACAACGAACGGUGCUUGCUUGUAACACCACCCGGAUGGGGAUUCUAGUCCCAUUAGCUUUCAUUUUUCUACUCAUCAUACUGUGCACCUUGUAUGCCUGGAAGACAAGGAACGUUCCGGAGAACUUCAACGAGGCCAAAUUCAUCGGUUUCGCCAUGUACACAACCUGUGUCAUCUGGGUGGCGUUCGUACCCAUCUACUUUGGUUCCGAGUCCAAAAUCAUCACCAUGUGUAUCUGCAUCUCGUUGUCAGCCAUGGUAACGCUGGUGUUCCUGUUUCUCCCAAAGCUCUACAUCAUUCUCAUUCGACCGGAGAAAAACAUCCGGGCGCUGUUCACCACAUCCAAAACCAUACGCUGCCACAUUGGUUCACGGGUGGCCUCGGCAAUCUCCCACAAAACCUCGUCUUCCUAUUCGAGCGGGCCUGGACCGCCGGAUGACAUCGAAGACUACAGCUUCGAUGCACCGAAACCCAUAAUCAGAUCAUCCUCGUGUCAAACGUCACUGGAACUUCUCAACAAACUGCUGGAGAUGCAGUUGUACGGUGCCGAGAAGCAAUCCGAGCAUUCCACACCAACAUCCCGUCAACGGAUACUAUCGACGACACUGAAGCAGGUCCGCUACAGUCUCUCACCCAUAAAGACAUCCGUCAAAAAGACCUUCAAACCCGACCGACACCUACUGGUGCCGGAGGUGGUGAACCACAACAAUAACGCCAGCACUAAAAAUGUGGCAUUCGAUUUUACCCGCAAGGCUUCCAUCAGCGAUCUCAAUGACAUUCCGGAGAAGGCAACCAUUCGGGAAACAUGCUAUCACUGCGCCCAACUGGACUCGAUUCGCUACAAGUACGAUCUGAUGGAUGCUGGCGGCGAUGGGCUGGAUCCGUCGUACAACCUGCGUCAACAGCAACCAAAUGGUGUUUAUUUGAUUCCCAAUUCGAAUCAGAUCAACAACAUAGCUUCCGGACGGGGACUUGGAAGGUAUGCUAGAACUACGAUCAGCGAGGAAAGCUUGUCGGAGUGUUCGAUCAGUACCAUGUCGGAGUCGUGCGACUGCAAGUUCAAGAGUAUUACAAUUAAGUUACCGAGACCAGGCAACGCUCAACAGGUGAUAUACUUCUGACUUCUGAUGAGGCAUACACAUCUCAAUUGAAUGUUUCAAACGUAGGCUUUUUGGGUAAUCAUCUUGUGCGUAAACUUUGUGCGUAUUUUAUAGUUCGUUAGUGAAGUAGUUGACGUUUAGCGGAAAAUAAAAAGAUGACACGUUUUGC